GACUUGAAACACCCACAAGCCUAAAUUUUGCGUAACAGGAUGAGCAAUCCACUGAUCUACACCCUGUUUCCCCUUCUAGAACGUGGGUCGGUUCAGUUUGUUUUAAGAUCAGUUUUUUUGAUUUUGUUUUUUAAAGAGAACCGCCCAACUGGUCGAGUUGAGUGAGUUGUUGUGAGUGAGCAGCACAGACCUCUUGAGAGUCCAUAUACCGGCGAGGCGCAGUGUUCAGAAGAGUUGGUAACUCUAGAUAAGGACUGGUACGGUUGACGAGAAGACGCGGGGCAGGCAUGGGUUGCAGCCACAGCAAGAGGAAAAGCAAAGUGAAAGAGGAAGAGAAGACUGUGAAGGAGGUCAACAACAGUCAAGAUGGAGGAGGAGGUAAAGUCCCUCUGGAGGAGCUGAACGUGGGUCUAGAAGCAGAGAAGCAGCUGGGUCAGUAUGAGUGGCAGCUGAAGAUCCUACGGGAGGUGCUGUCUGCCUCUGGGACCCAGGAGAGGGAGGAGCUACUAAAAGACCCAACCCAAGGAGAGCUCUGUGCCCUGGUCCACAACAUCAUUGAGAAGGUGGAAACAGAGACGGCUGCUGACCUGACUGUUCUCUAUGUGGAGAAGAGCCAGAGGACCGCAGAGCAGCACGAGAGGCAGCUGGAAGAGCGGCAGAGGAGACAGAGUGAAGAGAGAAAACGGCUAACCGAGACACACCAGGCAGCAGAGAAAGUGUUGAAGGAGGAGGUAGAGGAGCUGACGACAGAGCUACACGUGUACAAUCAGUUAAAGAAGAGAGUUGACGAGUCUACCUUCAAGAAGGACCUGCAGCGGAACAUUCAGGCCCAUGGCAGUCCUGGGCCAUUCUGGGAGCAGGAGCAGGAGAGUCUGCUGUUUGUCAUUGAGAUGAAGAGUGAAUGUAUUCAGGAGCAGGGAAACAAACUGCUACAGAUGCAGGUUCUGGUGGAGAAGAAUCUGUCUCUGGAAGACCAGGUCAUAACUGUUUUACAGCAGAACGAGGACCUGACGGUUCGGAUUGACAACCAUCAAAGCCUUAUACAGCAGCUCUCCAAGGAGCACCAGGACCUCCAAGGGACGUUAGACAGGCAGACAGGUCUCUGUCAGAGGCUCACCCAGGAGAAAGAGCAACUCAUGUUUAAACUGAAACACAGAGACUCCUGUCCUACUUUCCCAUCCUUCCCCAUAGUGUCUGAGAUCUCCCCCAGCUGAUCCACCCAGACCAAACAGGUCAAUCAGUUACUUCUGUCUUAAUCCUGUCUAGGGUUGCAAGCAUGGAUCCGUUAACGUUCCCAAAAUUCUAAAAUCAUUUUUUUCAGUAAUCCCUGAUUGGAGGAUUCCAAGAAUCAGGAAGUAACAUACACGGAGGGAUUUCUCCAACCUGGAGUUUUUCCAAGUGAAAUUUCUGAAUAAUCUGUGUAUUGUGGGAACGUUUCGGGGCUUUUGCAACCCUACUGUAAUCCUACUUUGCCAACCAAAGUCCAGGUACCUUUACAAAGGGCUAUAGUCACAUGUUUGAUGGAACCUGAUGCCAAAAAUGUAGUUUUUUUUUCUCCGGUUUUAUACCUGCUGUGCCGUAGAGUAAUGUUUCUGUAGCAGUAUGGUAUUCAUACAACAGGACUUUUUUUGUGUGUGGGGGGGGGGGUGGCAUUGGGCACAGCCAUGCACUGUUGGACUGCCCUGACACCCUGCUGUUCAACUGAGAUUCUCAUAGUUGUGUUACUGUUCAACUGAGAUUAUAGGUGAAUGUGACAGUGUUCACUUUGAUGGUUUGAGUUGCAGUUGGAGAGGCAGGUGUUUAAUCAUGUAGUACGUAGCUAGUAGCUACAUCUUUUUAUCUACCUUCUUCCUGAGACACUAUUACGACGUCUGUCAAAGUUUUACGUCACUGAAUAAGGAGUAAAUGUUACAGGAUAUAAUGCAGUAUAAACAAUUUAAACAGUAACUUUAGACAACAGCUUUUGUAUUAGGGAUAUGUUUUGACUUUUUUGUUUCAUACAAAAUGGGAAAUGGAUUGCCAUGGUUAUUUUAUUUUUGCAGAUGAGGACAUUUUUGUGAUAUUUUUCUUUUAAGUUACAAAGAACCAAAAGCACUUCUCAGUGUUUUUAAUUUGUAUUUCUUCUGAUGCACUAGCACUUUUAAUCAGUAUUUUACUAGUACUAAAUGUGAGAAAGGUUGCUGUAAAAAAUAAUUUUUUACUCUUGUUUACUCCUGUGUUUUACAUUUUGUUUGUUUACAUUGGCAUUUGAAUAAUUUAGCCAACGCUCCACAAAGGCAGCGGAUAGAUCUAGGAGGAGAGAGCGAGAGCUUGAGUUACAAUAAACAUCUGCAUCUGAACCACUGUA